CUGUGAUGAAAAAAAAAGUUUGCUGAAACAGUGUGUUGUGUUUACAAGAGAAUUUUCAAAAAAUCUCAAGUUUUCUCAAACUAUAAAUCUGUAAAUAUGUCGCAACAGCUAGAACUGUUAACAGAAAGUGCCUCGCAAUGGAAUGCAGUGGCAUUCGUGACACCGGAGAUCCAGAAAAAGGAGAUCAAGCCAUUCGUUUUGUUGGCCCUCAAAGAAUUGGAAGGCAACCCAGACAGUCGUACAUCAAGUCUAUUGAACGGUGAUAAGUUCUCAGCAGUGAGGUCUGUUGUGCGGCAUGUUGCGAGGCUCCGAUCAGCCUCGAAGGAGCCCUGGGGUGAAGACGACAUGAGGUUGUUUCUAGAAGGUCUCAGGUUUUCACCAGACUGCGCCUCUGAGCUGAUGGCUCUGCUCUGCACCGACCAGAUAUACAACAACUUGCAGAAACAUCUCCGAGUUAAACCUGGUCUGCUUAGCUUACAGUGGAAGAUUGAUGUCUCAUUGAGCCAAUCGACCAUCCAAUCAGAAAACGCUGACAAGGCAAGAAGCAAAGAAAUAAUGCACCGAGACACUCUAGUUAUACUAACACUAACUCUAACCAACGGACAGACGAACAUAUAUAGAUUAUCUAUAUUGAAAUUUCAUGAAUUGAGAUAUGUGAUAGCCAGUGCAUUGAAGAGUAUGAUUGUGUUGAAGAGGAAAUGUAUGAGGAAGGACUGACCAAGGCAUUAUUGGGGGUAGGGGGCUGAAAAGUCUUACAACCCCCAGACUGAUUACAUAAAGACCUGCCUUGCUAGACUUUUCUGUCAAUGUAUAUGAUCAAUGAUCUAAUGCAUUAAUAAAAACUGUCUCUACAGACUACAGUAUCAAUGUUUCAUAGUUGUAACUGUAUUUGUUGGUUAAAGAGUUCUGUAAAAAUACCUUUUUGUCUAGUUGAAUGAUGUAAAAAACGUUAAAAAACUUCUAGUUUAUUAUAAUCUUGUUUUCCUUACAAAAUGACAGACAAUUUUGUUCGUGAUUUGGGUGCGAUACUAGUCCAUAAGUAAUUAGUCCGAGCUAUAACUCCUAAUAGCAGUGAAUGGCCAGUGGAUACGACCUCUGCCUCUAAUUCCGGAGGGUGUAGGUUCAAUUCCAUGGCAUGCACCUCCAAUUUUUCAGUUGUAUAUUUUAAUGAAAUUAAUCACAUGCCUCAAACGGUGAAGGAAAAACAUUGCUAGUGACAUAUCUUUAUUGUAAAAUCUUUGCUCAGCGGAAUGUCUUUGUUAUAGAGUUAAUCUUUGAAAUGGCUGCACCAAUUUUAAUGGGACUUUCACUGGAAGAUAGGGGUGAUUAUUGAAUGACAUAUAGACUAUUUUUAUCCCAAAAAAGGAAAGGUUCACGCGGGAUUUAUAAAUAACUGAUCGAGGGUGUCUGUUAUUAAUUUAAUAAAAAAUAGGAGAUAAUGAGCACUUGGAAGAAUGCAAUGUAUUGUUAGCAUAUAUUUAUUUAAAGUAUAUUAAUAUAUUGUCAAUUAAAAUUAUUACUGUUUUUAUUGUUGAUUAUUAUUGUUAGAACUACUUAAUAUAAAAUUAUUUUUAUAUAAUAAAAAUUAAAGACAAAA